ACUGUCAACAAUCUUUCAUAACCAUUCAGUUUCAAAAUCUCGACGCUGCGUGAAGUCGCUUUUCAAUUCGAGCAAACCGAUAUCGUCUAACUGCAAACUUGACGCGCAUCAACGUUGCCAAUCGAAUCCAAAACUUAACGACCAAUCAAAUCACAGCAACUCCUAAAGAUGUCAAGUAAGUCGCAGUGUCGCCAGAACUUCCACGAGGAGUGUGAGGCAGGUGUGAACAAACAGAUCAACAUGGAAUUGACAGCCUCAUACGUCUACCACUCGCUUGCAUUAUACUGUGACAGGGACGACGUCGCCCUCCCAAACCUACACAAGUUCUUCCUGAAGAGUUCGGAGGAGGAGCGCGAACAUGCGGAGAAACUGAUGAAAUAUCAGAACAAGAGAGGUGGCAGAAUUGUCCUGCAGGACAUCAAGAAACCAGAAGCUAGUGAGUACGGGAGUGCAGUAGACAUGCUUGCAGUGGCGCUUCAGCUGGAGCGAGACGUCAACCAGUCGCUUCUUGACCUACAUGGUCUGGCUGAGAAGAACGGAGACCCCCAGUUCACAGAUUUUAUCGAAGGAGAGUUCCUCAAAGAACAAGUCGAUGCUAUCAAGGAGUUGGGAGACUUACUGACUAGGGCCAAGAGAUGCGGACCCGGUCUGGGACAAUUCCAGUUCGACGCUGUGGCGCUCGAAUAGAUAGAAUAGAGGAUACAUAGAUCCUGCAAAACUCGAAACUAGAACAGAACCUAACUGCUGAUCAUCCAUCGCAUCAAAGUUUUGAGAACAUUUAUAAUUAUGAAAUUUUUGAUAUUGAAAGCUU